ACCAGUUGCCCAGAUUUGUUCAUUGGUUAAGUCUUAAAAGUUAAAAACCAAAGCUGACCACGUCAUCUAUCCGUUAACCAUGUCAUUGCCACUACAUGGAUUACAUUUGAUUUGACUGGUCAUAGAUUCGUUGACUUUUAAGUUAACGUAAUUUUUGGUCAACUCUGUUUUGUAUCCCUGAUUCAUGAACGAACAUGCCAGCAUUGUGACGAUGGUCAAAUGAGUAUAAUAUGGUUGCCUGGUUGGUCUAUUUUGAUAUGGCCAUUAGAACAAAGAUUGGAUUUUUAUAAUCCCUCAGGCAUAUUGACAUUGACCAAAGUUUUUAGUAGUGUUUUUUAUGGGGAUGCUUUGUAACUUGCUUCUCUUGACCUUUAACAUCAGAUCAGGCAGGUCUUUAUAACUUCUUUUUUUUUUUUUUGUUCAUAGAAAAGCUGAUUGAGAUUGAUCAGAAAUAAAAAGAAAGAAAUAUGAAGACAAAAAAUUACCGUUUUUUAUGGAUUGCAGUGUGUGUCUUAACUUUGUUCAUGAAUGGCUCAUCAGCAGCAACACCAACACCUCCAAACAGUAAUAAUGCUUCGGCUUCUUGUAAUAGAAGCUGUGGAGGAAUCUCGAUUCCGUUCCCAUUCGGAAUCGGCGGGAAGGAUUGUUAUCUCAACGGCUGGUACGAGGUUAUCUGCAACAGUACAACCACUUCUGAGUCUAACACAACUACUGUUCCGUUCCUCUCUAUGAUCAACCGGGAAGUAGUGAACAUCUCUCUUCCAGAUUAUAAACCACACGGUGUGGUUCACAUCAAAGGUCCUGUGACUUCGUUGGGUUUUUCAAGUAAUACUACUAGCCAAGGACCCAAAAAGUCGCUACCGGAUUUGAACUUCACAGGCAGGGGAAGCCCAUAUUUUCUGACAGACGAGAAUCGCCUUUUCGCGGUUGGUUGCAGUACAAAGGCGUUGGUGACGGAUACUGAAUCAGAGAUCUUGGGUUGUGAAUCGAGCUGUGAAGGCACCAAGAGUAUUCAACAAGUAUCAACCUCAACAUGUGACGGUUACAAAUGUUGCCAGGCAAGGAUACCGGUGGAGCGUCCGCAAGUGCUAGGUGUCAAUAUAGAUGCCACAGGAGGAGAAGGGUGCAAGGUUGCUUUCUUGUCUAGCAAGAGGUACUCGCCAUCAAAUGUUACCGAACCAGAACAGUUCCAUGCUGAUGCCUACGCCGUGGUAGAGCUAGGUUGGUACUUCGAUACUUCGAAUCCACGCUUUAGAAGCCCCUUCGGUUGCACAAAUUUAACAUAUCACAGAUCUUACUCAUCCGGUGAUAGUUGCCUUUGUGAGUAUGGUUACUUUUCCAAGAUGAGUUAUAGAAACUGCUAUUGCUCCCUUGGCUUCACAGGGAAUCCAUACCUUCGAGGGGGUUGCAUAGACCAAGAUGAUUGCAAAGAACCCAAUGUCUGUGAAGAAGGCACUUGUGUUAACAUGCCGGGAGGCUACAGAUGCGAGCCCAAGCCCGAGAUAAUCAAGCCGGCCAGAUCCCUCGUGCUACAAGGGGUUCUUAUAGGUCUAUUGGGACUAUUGUUUUUAGUUGUUGGGAUACUCGGAUUGGUCAUACUUAUAAGAAAGCGAAGGAGGGUCAUCAGUAGCAGGAAGUUCUUCAGACGUAAUGGAGGCUUGUUGUUAAAACAACAACUAACUACUACAAAUGACGGUAAUGUAGAGAUGUCGAGGAUAUUUAGCUCAGAAGAGUUGAAGAAAGCCACCGAUAACUUUAGCGUGAAGAGGGUGCUUGGGAAAGGCAGUCAAGGAACUGUGUAUAAGGGCAUGCUGGUUGAUGGCAAGAUCAUUGCGGUUAAAAGAUCCAAAGUUGUCGAUGAAGAUAUGCUGGAAAACUUCAUCAAUGAGAUCAUCCUUCUUUCACAGAUUAACCACAGGAAUAUUGUGAAACUCUUGGGAUGUUGCCUGGAAACAGAGGUUCCAAUCUUGGUUUAUGAAUACGUUCCCAACGGUGAUAUGUUCAAGCGCCUUCAUGAUGAAUCCGAGGAUUAUGCGAUGACUUGGGAAGCGCGUCUUCGCAUAGCCAUAGAGAUCGCGGGAGCUCUUUCAUACAUGCACUCAGCUGCAUCCUUUCCAAUAUACCACAGAGAUAUCAAGACUACCAAUAUCCUAUUGGAUGAAAAAUACGGAGCUAAGGUUUCUGAUUUCGGAACUUCAAGAUCAGUAACCAUUGAUCAAACUCAUCUGACAACACUGGUUGCAGGAACGUUUGGGUACAUGGAUCCAGAGUACUUCCUAUCAAGCCAAUAUACUGACAAGAGUGAUGUUUACAGUUUCGGGGUUGUCCUGGUAGAGCUCAUAACCGGAGAAAAACCGUUAUCCCGAAUCCGUGCUGAGGAAGGAAGGGGGUUGGCAACUCAUUUUCUCGAGGCCAUGAAAGAAAACAGAGUGAUUGACAUCAUUGAUAUUCGGAUCAAAGAUGAAAGCAACCUUAACCAACUGACGGCAGUGGCAAAACUUGCUCGAAAAUGUCUUAGCCGGAAAGGAAGUAAAAGACCAAACAUGAGAGAGGCUUCAAGUGAGCUGGAGAGGAUCCGUUCAUCACCUGAAGAUUUAGAAGCCCAUUUCGAAAACAAUGAUGAAGAGGACCAACCCGUCGAGAUCAACAGAGAAUGAUUUUCGGAGGUGUGUUGCAAGACUGUUCCAACCCUUAUGUUCAGUGAAUCCCUAAAGUUUAGACGAACAUGGUGACAAGAUAAGAAAAAGAUCACUCAUCAAUAUUUAUCCACGAAGUGUAUAUUUAAAUGUCAAAGUUUAUAUAUAUGUACUUUCAAAAUGAAUAUAAUCGCUGAA